ACAGUUUUGGGGGUUCUGUAACAAAUGAUAAUAAUAUGCAGAAAAGCUCUGUUUUUCUACAAAGUUGACGAGUAGAUUAAAAGCCCUCUCUCUCUCUCUCAAGCGUGUCUAAAGGGAAUAUCUGAGAUGAAGAUGGGUCCUGUUCAAACUCCAUCGCUCAUAGCAUACAACAAGAUGCUCAAAUCUUUAGCCGACACUAAAACCUUCACCAAAGUCUUGGCUCUGUUCUCUGAACUGCGACGAAACGCCUUGUUUCCUGAUAAUUUCACUUUACCCAUCGUUCUCAAAUCAAUCGGACGCUUGAGGAACGUUUUAGAAGGCGAGAAACUCCAUGGCUACGCUGUGAAAUCUGGGCUUAAGUUCGAUCCCUACGUGUGUAAUUCGCUCAUGGGAAUGUAUGCUGCGUUGGGGAAGAUGGAGAUCACUCAUAAGGUGUUCGACGAAAUGCCUGAACGAGAUGUUGUUUCUUGGAACGGGUUGAUUUCCAGCUACGUUGGGCACGGGAGGUUUGAUGAUGCCGUUGCUGUUUUUAAGCGGAUGAGUAAAGAGAGCAGCCUGAAGCCUGAUGAGAGUACCAUCGUGAGCACUCUCUCGGCUUGUUCCGCUUUGAAGAAUUUGGAAGUUGGUGAAGGGAUUCACAGGUAUGUUGUUGGCACAGAACUUGAAACGAGUGUUAAGAUUGGGAAUGCGUUGGUGGAUAUGUACUGUAAAUGCGGAUGUCUCGAUAAGGCUAGAGCUGUUUUCGAUUCGAUGAGAGGGAAAAAUGUCAAGUGUUGGACUAGUAUGGUCUCUGGGUAUGUUAGUAAGGGCAGGAUCGAUGAGGGUAGAGAGCUGUUUGAGAGAAGUCCUGCGAAAGAUGUUGUUCUGUGGACAGCUAUGAUGAAUGGGUAUGUUCAGUUUAACCGGUUUGACGAAGCACUCGAGCUGUUCAGGUGCAUGCAAAGCCAAGGUGUUAGCCCUGAUAACUUCGUGCUCGUCUCUCUCUUGAAAGGCUGUGCGCAGACGGGAGCUCUAGAGCAAGGGAAGUGGAUCCAUGGUUACAUAUGUGAGAACAGAGUUAGAGUAGAUGAAGUAGUUGGUACUGCUCUUGUAGACAUGUAUGCAAAAUGUGGGUGCAUAGAGACAGCUCUAGAGGUUUUCUAUAAAACUAAAGAGAGAGACGCUGCUUCUUGGACAUCGCUUAUCUACGGUCUUGCCAUGAACGGGAUGUCAAGGAGAGCGAUGGACUUGUACUACGAGAUGGAAAACGUUGGCGUUAGAUUAGAUGAUAUAACCUUUGUCGCGGUUCUAACAGCUUGUAAUCACGGUGGAUUUGUAGCAGAAGGGCGUAGAGUUUUCUAUUCGAUGAUCCAGCCUAAAACAGAGCACUAUAGCUGUAUGAUUGAUCUACUAUGCAGAGCUGGUUGUUUAGAUGAAGCAGAGGAAUUGAUAGACAAGAUGAGGAAUGAAAGCGAUGAAACUUUGGUUCCUGUAUACUGCUCUUUGCUAAGCGCUGCUCGGAACUAUGGGAAUUUGGAGGUAGCAGAACGGGUAGCUGAGAAGCUGAAGGAAGUGGAAGUUAGUGAUUCAAGUGCUCAUACUCUGCUCGCAAGUGUAUACGCAUCUGCAAAUAGAUGGCAAGAUGUGACGAAUGUGAGAAGGAAAAUGAAAGAUUUGGGAAUCAGAAAGUUUCCUGGAUGCAGCUCUGUGGAGAUUGAUGGGGUGCCUCAUGAAUUCAUUGUUGGAGAUACAUCAUCAUCAUCAUCAUCAUCAUCAUCAUCAUCAUCAUCAUCUCACCCAAAAAUGGAUGAGAUUAAUACAAUGCUUGCAUCAAACUACAAAUUGGAUGUUGAGUUUGGAACAUGAAGUAAUUGAAAGUUAACACUUUUUUGGUGUUAGAUAACUUCUUAGUCAACCUAUAGCAAAAGCUGAUCUUUCACAAUAUUGAAAAGGGAUCUCAUUAGAAUAUACCCAACCAACAACGUUAAGGCCUUUCUCAAUGAAAGAAGGGCAUCAAAUGGUCGUUUCCCAUUCAAAAACGAGAACCCC